GUACUAUUGGGUAUAGUUUUCUGAAAUCAAUCAAAAUGGCGUCAAACAGAAAGAUGAAUUAAUAAGUAAACAUAAAGCCGUGAAAAAGAUUGCUAAUGUGAGACCCCGUCAUCAGUGAGUGCCUCGAUGGAGCCAACCCCAGUUGAUUCUGCAACUUCCGUCCACAUUUCUACCCCUCGCAUGGAUCCCAACACUACACAAUUUUCACCAAUGUUGUCCAUGCAAAGUGCCAUGUCACACGUGAGUCAGCAAACCAUGCCAUCAGAACCCAGUUCUGUCCAUGACUCAAAGCGACAUAUGUUGCCGUCACAUUCGUCAAGGUUCAUGCCAAAUCCAGACCUGUCUGGUUCAUCAGAGCGGAGAAGCUCAAAGCGUACCAUUAAAAGGAAGCGUUUUGAUGAUGAAAUGGUGGAGUCCAGUUUGCUUAAGCAAGAAAGGCCGACACGCGAUCGAAAAACCUCAGGAACCACAGUGGCAGAACCAGAAAGACCUCUGCGGGAACCAGUGAAGAAAGAAGUUGUUACCAUGACGAUGCCCACUGAGGUCAAAAAGAGACCCAACACAGGGAAAGUGUGCAAAACCUCAAGGUCUAGAAAUAAGUCAAAGAAGCAGAAAAUUCGGCCCCGACCCCCUGCCUGUACCAAGGACCUGGGACGCUGGAAGCCCACGGAUGAUCUGGCCCUUAUCACUGCUGUACAACAGACCAAUGACCUGACAGCAGUGUAUCUGGGUGUGAAGUUCUCAUGCAAGUUCACCCUGAAAGAAAUUCAGGAGCGCUGGUACAGCCUUCUCUAUGAUCCCAUCAUCUCCAAAUUAUCGGUUCAAGCCAUGAAGCAGUUCCACCCAGAUGUAUUGGCCACUGUGCAGGCCAAGGCACUCUACAGCAAACCUGAGGAGGAGUUGCUGGGAAAGAUACCCUCUACGAGCACACCAACCCUCGAGACUUUCCAAGACUUGCUAGACAAGUACCCAGAUGUGUUCUACCCGAGCCGCACUGCCAAGUCCCUGCACACCCAUUGGCUGCUGAUGAAGCAGUACCAUCUCCUGCCGGACCAGUCCAUUCAGCCCAUGCCGCGGGGGGAUCACAUCCUCAACUUCUCCGAUGCCGAGGAUUUACUCACGGACGAGGAUCUGAAGUUAUUUAACACCAAACAUGUUCUGGAUGCCAAGGAUGAUAUACUGGAGCACGAACUCUCUAUAGCAGACCGCAAGAACAAGCGGGAAAUACGUCACCUUGAACAAGAGCUGCCCAGGUGGCAGGUGCUUGUGGACAGCGUCACAGGUAUCAGUCCACCAGACUUUGAUAACCAGACGCUGGCAGUGUUACGGGGACGACUUGUGCGGUAUCUCAUGAGGUCCAGAGAGAUAACUCUGGGUCGGGCCACUAAGGACAACCAGAUAGACGUGGACCUUUCCCUGGAGGGCCCUGCGUGGAAGAUCUCCCGUCGUCAAGGGAUCAUUAAGCUCCGUAGCAACGGCGACUUCUACAUCGCCAACGAGGGCAAGAGGCCCAUCUACAUCGACGGGAAGCCCAUAUUGUGUGGCAACAAACAACGGCUGUGUAAUAAUUCCGUAGUAGAGAUUUCUUGCCUUCGAUUCAUAUUCCUCGUGAACCAAGAUCUGAUCAGCACGAUACGCAGCGACACUCAAAAGUUGCCGCCGACAGCUUCUUUAUGAUUGACCCAGUACACAGGAACAAUACAUUGGCAUGAUGUGUGGAGAAAUCAAUUUGUCAGCUAGUGGUUGUUUCUGAAAACUCCAGAUUUUUGGGCUGGCACCAUCACUCUGAAUGUUGUCGUCCACAACUUUAUACGAGGAUACCUGUACACAUGAUUAAAACAUCGGUGUUAUGUGCGGAGAAAUCAGAUUGGAUGCUACCGGCUGUUCCUGAAUACUGCAGACUUAUGGGCUGGCACCACCACUCUUAAUGUUGUAGGUGAUAAUCUUAGUUUCAACUUAAAAUAUAAUAAAGCAAUUGUUCAUGUGCGCGUUGAUUUCCAGUGGUUGAAUUUGUCGAUUGAAGUCUUAAGAUAUGUUUUAGAAUAUUUGUUGUAAUGGAGACUACAGUGGUAAAGAUGUAAGACAGAUAGUGAUGGAAUAUAUGUUGUUACAGAGAGUGGAGUGGUUAAGAUGGAAGACUGAUAGACUUGUGCUGACACCGACAUUUGUUUGAGAUCUUUGAAUGGUAGAAAUGCUGACUUCACAGUCAGUUAUCAUUAUCAAAGUGUAUUAUUUGUGAAAAUAUAAAUAAAUUACAUAAAAAAAGACAUAACAGAAAGUAUUUCCAAGUAUUGAUAAAAAUUAUGAUAUUCAUUUUAGAAACUUAAUAAAUACACAGAUGAAUUUAAGGAUUUAGUUAAAGCAAAACAGGUGGGUGGCACCUUCCAUUGUUAUGCCCUCCAGUGUAUGUAGCCGCUAUUCCAUUUUUAUGAACCAACCUUUAAAAAUAUGUCUGACACAUGUUUGUAUUGUUUUAAUCUUUCAAUGUUCUGGCUAUUACAGAGCCCAAUUUUUUUUUGUUGCCUACUGAAUUUUUUAUAAACCAACAUACAGUUUUGUUUGAUAAAAUUAACAGAAAAUUAUGUUUAAUCAAGAACAUACAUCAUAUGGAAAUAGGUUAAUGAAAUCCUUUUCAAUGUCCAAAGUUUAUUACCAAAAGAAUUUUCAGUAAGAGGUCAACCACCUUUCUCAGGCCUCUCCAUCAUUAGGAUUAGUCUGGCUAAAUCCCUAGAAAUGUUACACAUAAUGAUUAAUGAAUGUUGGAUUGUCACUUUUACACAUAAUGAUUAAUGAAUGUUGGAUUGUCACUACUACACAUAAUGAUUAAUGAAUGUUGGAUUGUCACUAUUACACAUAAUGAUUAAUGAAUAAUGAUUAAUGAAUGUUGGAUUGUCACUACUACACAUAAUGAUUAAUGAAUGUUGGAUUGUCAAUAUUACACAUAAUGAUUAAUGAAUGUUGGAUUGUCACUAUUACACAUAAUGAUUAAUGAAUGUUGGAUUGUCACUAUUACACAUAAUGAUUAAUGAAUGUUGGAUUGUCACUAUUACACAUAAUGAUUAAUGAAUGUUGGAUUGUCACUAUUACACAUAAUGAUUAAUGAAUGUUGGAUUGUCACAGUAAACUUUUUUUAAUGUCACACAUUUGUUGCUGUAUUGUUGUUUAUUCUGUUUUGAUAAUAAUAAAUAAGCAUACAGUUUUUUAUGCUAAUAAUUAUCAAUGGCAAAACUGAAAAGGCCAGGAGUAACAAUAAUGUUAAUUAUAAUGUAAAUAAAACAAACACAAAAUUUUGAA